AUGCAAGAAUUCGAGACGACAGACCAGCCGGCAGGGGCCAGGAAGGCAGCUGCCCAGGAAGGAGCAAAAGCCGCAGCUGCUGACGUUGACACUGCUGAAGCGACAGAGAGGACCGAGGCAACAAAAGCAGAAGAUGCGAGUGCAGCAGUAGGAGAAGCACCGGCAGAAGCAGAGCCAGAACGUGCUGCUGAGGAUUUGGCUCUGGCUGAUGUCGCAGCAGAAGCAGUGUUGACCGGAGUAGUUGACGCAGAGCUCAACGAUCAGUCCGCAGCCACAUUCUUAGCAUGGGAGAAACAAUAG